CUGUGUUUGACUGAAGAAUGUCAGUCGAGUGUCCAUGAAAUAAUAUGUAGGAUUCUUUUUUUUUCCGUCAAAAUGCCUACUGGCCUGAGAGUUGCAUUCGGUGUCAUUGGGACAUUUGCCAUUUUAAACAACGCUUUGUUGUUGGUAGUUAUUUUAAAGAAUCGGUCCAUGCUAAAAACGCCGUACAACACGCUAGUUUUAAGUUUGGCCAUCACUGACUUUAUCACAGGUAAGUACAAUAAUAUGUUUGUAGUUUUUGUAUUGUGUGUUCUCGGCCUGUGUUGUGUAUUUUGCAUAGGACGAAAAUAACGUGAAACUUUUUUCAAACGGACAUGAUCGUCAGCCGAAAGUCCUAAAGAAUUUCACGCUUCGUUUUUGGGGUAAACCGAAUUUUAAUUCAGCGGGAAUCUAUAUAAAGGGAAGAAUAGCAAAGGGAAAAAGUGGAUCCACCGCCUUAAUUAAAAACAAGCCCACAUUUUACCAUCGCUAGAUUUGUUUACUGUCCGUUGAUUAAACCUUGCUUCCUUAUUAUCUAGCUUUCUGGUUGCAGCAUGUGAAUUCUCAGCCUAUGACAAUCAGCACUCUAUAAAACUUAUCACCAAAAGGGGAUUUUGAUUCACAGUACACGCAUGAGUCUUUGGUAUUGAAAGAGGUCGUAAGGAACUCAAGAAGGGGUAGUUAGAAAACGUUUGACUGCACGAUAAAAUGUUUACAUUCUUAGUAAACAAGGUUUCAGUUUUCACCCUUGAGCAAGAUAAUGGCUGAAUUAUAUAACCGCGAGAAAAGGGACAGGUUUGGUGUCAUGGUGUUAUUUAACGCACUCGCCCUAACAUUAUCAUUAAACAAAAUUUCGCUUUCUGAAAAUGUUAAGAGGAACUUCUAGGCAAGAUGGCUGGGCAUUUUCGGAAAGACGGCUUCCUGAGCAGCUGGAAAAAAUAAACAGAAUAAAUAUGCCGUCAGAUAAAAAAUAUGAGAACGAAAUUCCCGAUCGGUCGUUAGUUUUCCUUCAAAAUCCGUAGAAUAUUCGGUAGUUAACAAUUAGUGAACAAGGUUACUUACACGUAUGCUUGGGGGCAUUGCAUUGUAUCUGAGCUAGUAAAAACCAGCAGAGCAGAAGAUAACGCAGAUUUCAAGUGUUCCGAUUUCAAUUUAUGGUAGGCCGGCCUGCCUUCAAAACUGAGAGGAAUGCAAAAAUAUAACUUGUUUGGUGUAGGUUAACUAGUUUUAGUGAAAAAUUGUGGGUCUCUUUCAGUGGAUUUUACAUUAUUUUAGGUUUAAAUUUUGUUCCUUAAUUUCAUUUCGCCCUGGAGGAAAGCGAAAUAUGUUCAGAAAAUACUUCUCAUAGUGCAAAUAUCACUGACAACUUUGUCUAUGUUUUCGCCGGACUUGACAUUUUCUUCUACGAGAAGGGAAAACGAAUUGCCAAAGUAAAUUUGCACCUUGUUAGCCCCUCCAUUUAGCUUUUUUAUAUUAAUUAUUUAUAUAAUUAUUUCAGCUACAGCUGCUCCAAAGGAUAUUAAGGCUUUUAAUGUGAGGCAGUUUUUAUUUUAUUGCUUCGAUUUAUUUGCAACGUUGACUUCCACAUGAAAAAUGAUCAGUCAAAUUCAGAAGUACGAGCCUAAAAUAUGGUCAAAAUUCUGGAGUUUCAAAUUACUGAAUUCCGGAACGAGCCCUUCUCUUAAAAAGCACUGCCUCGUUUAUUUCGUCAUCAUAUCAUUUAAAUAAUGGUCUUUAUAUUGUAAAUAUUAGUUUCCAGUCUGGUUAAACAUGGCAGGUUGUCACUGCCGUAUAAAUAUUUCGAAUUUGAUUCUCAUCAUUCUUAAAAUAGAUUAGAACCAAUCUUAGUAACCUUUGUGUAAACUGGUGACUUGCAUGACUUUUCUCUUGUUCGUACUAUAUUAUACAUGCAUUUUGCUUCAAAAUUCAUUUUGUUUCAUUUAUCUUACAUUAGUCUUAUAAAGCGUCAUUUCAACUUUAAGUUGAACUUUAGUUAGUUGUUGUAGUUUUUGGUUUUGUGGAGAAUUUGUCUUAAUUUAUGAAGGUGUAGCAGAUGGACCUAGGCCUUGGAUAAAAUUUUGUCGCAUGGGGUACGGGAAAAUGAAAAAUGAGGAAAAAUCCUAACUUAAACCCCCCUGCCCUACCAGUAACUUCGUCUCCAAUUCUCUGUUUUGUUCUCACUUUUCAUUUUCCUCUUUCUCGUGCUCGCUCCCCCAUUCCCCGUUCCCCGUUCCCCGUUCCCCGUUCCCCGUUCCCCGUGCUCGUUCCCCCCGUUCUCCGUUUCCCGUUCUCGUUCCCCCACUACCCUCUAUAUUCCCCGUUUUAGUAACAUUUUGAACAAAAUAAUGGAGCGGGUGUAUAUGUUUGUUACAUGUGCUAUAUGUCGUGCACUAAUACGUGUCGUGACAAUUCUUUCAUUUUAAAAGGAGAGAUGUUGAAUACCAAUGAGAUCUUUCUCGAUAAACAUUUCAAAGUAAUGACGUCAGUGUUGAUCCAUUGAGAUCUUAAUCCUAAAAUUAAUUAAACUCGCCUAAAACUAAUGAUAAACUGCUGACAUUAAACAUUCAUUAAAUGUGUUCAGAAAAAAAGUGGCCAAAAAGUUUGACUAAGUGCACGCAAUGACAGAUAUUUAUAUAAAUUCGAACUAAAUAGAAAAUUAUGUCAUUCAGUAAAAAAGUCACCUCUUUACUUAUGACACUGACUCAGAUUUGCAUUUUCACAUGUCUUUACUGAAUCACCUCCUAGCACCAGUGUACCCUUCAUAUCACUGAGCGGCCCGUGUGAAUGUUUAGAUCAGUAAGACUAGUAAACAGGGGGUUCUGUUGAAUUCAUAAACCAUGAAUGAUGUCCAUUAAGGUGAUGUUACAUGGGACGAUUUGCAACGACGACUUUUAGCUCAACACAGCGUUACAACAUUGUUUCUACAUCGUUGCGAAAGGUUGCAACAAUGUUCCAAUGUUUGAACCCUGUUUGGCACUAUCGCCGUUGCAAAUCGUCUCGCGUAACAUCACCUUUAUGGCGGGUGGAAAGCUUACCUUCACACCUAUAUUCAGUCUAAGACCUUUUAAGAAGUGCUUCAUAAACUGUACUUUUUGCUGGGCCAACCAAUAAAUGAUCUGCGCUAAAAUAAACAAUUUAUAUGGCUUGCCAUUUCUCCUUCUAAACAUAUUAUAAAAAAUAAUAAUCUACACUCUUUCAGUAUUGUUAACUAAACAAUUCCAAUUUAGUCUCAGGGGAAGAACGAGUUCUAAAUGAUUGUCAAAAUGGAAUGCUAAUAAAGAUGAACAUUUCGAGAUUUCAAGAUUUUUAGUGGAAAUUACGAAAUAUCAUAUUUCUAACAGCAAAAACGUUACUUUGGACGAAAGCUUACUUUAGAGCAUAGAAAAAGAGAAAUGAUGUCACAUACAACUCUUACCGAAUUUGCAGUUUCAGUCCAUAAGAAUUUUGAAUGUCCAUUAUGUCACGUUGCAGAAACAUUUGGUGACACUUUCCUCUAGAAAUUUCUUUCCUUUUUUUACGGUUUUAACUUUGAAAGCUCUAUUUGAAUAGUGGCAUCUUGAAGGCGAAUGUUCCAGGACGCCUAAUUACUGAGUGCUUCAGUUUCACAAACUAAUUGCACAACCUUCGAUAGUCGUGUUUGUUUUCGCUCCGCGUUUUUGAAACAAAGAAGCUUUAAGUCUAAAAUUAUACAUCAAAAGAAUGCAAUCCUCCAGGGAAAAUUUCUCGAAGCUGUUCAAAACAUUGGCACAGUAGGUGUUUCAUGAAGUCUGAAAAUUCUCCUACUUGACGCUUUAAUCUUCUGACUGGCUUGAAAACAUUCGAUUCAUGUUUUACAUAAAAUGCGGUAAACCAAAAGCAGAUUCGUUUGCAACAAACGCACAGGCGUCGCAUUUAUCAGUUGGAAUUAUUUAUUGUUUUGACGGUUUAAAAAAAUACAAAUCUCACUGGGUCUCAAUGGGGUGGUGGCUUUUACGGUUAUCGGCUAAAAUUUUGGCUCUUUUACGGCUAUCGGUUAAUUUUUUUCAGUUACGGUUAACAAAAAGUUAAAAAUUAACUUCUUUUGUUUCAAAAAGUUAUUAACCUGUAUUUUUCGUAUCUUUAAAUCAAAAUAAAGGUCUUCGGAUCAUCUCGGGAUGAAACAAGUUAUUCUUCUGAAAAAUUUUAGCACCUGAUAGAUCAUACAUUUUAUAAAGUAUUUCACUUCUAAUAUUAUUUUACACAUAGAAAUGUCAAUAUUCAUUUUAAAAAUAAUCUUUGUGAAAAAGCAAAAGCGGACACGCAAACGCCCAACUCAAGGCUGGGGCGCGACAUUCAUUAUAACAGAAAAGGCCGUUUUCACUAGACGUAUUAUUUGUGUGAGACGAGUUAUCCGUUUGAUGAUUCGCGUCAGAUAGGUAAUAAUUCUUAAUUUGAAAAUGGAAUAGUUUUAACUUUGAAUAAACAAUCCGCCUGACUUUAUCCGUCAAUUUCGACGGACAGUUUGAAGACGGGAUUGAUUAUCCGUUCCCGGAUAGCCUGUGUACAGCCGCCCCCUCCCCUCACAAAAAAUCGUAGAAGGGUGUCUUUGGGGAGGGCGCGACUGUACACAGGCUUGUCUCAGACGGAUAAUUCAUUUUUUCAAUGAUAGCGAAGGACUGUACGGAACGACUGUCUGCCGUUGCCUUGUCCGUAGGCCUCAUUAUUCCGCGCGGCUAAUGCGUUUCGGGUCACGUGGUCCUAGCGAGUUCGCGACGGAAAUGCCUUGACCGAGAUUGCGUAGGAAGACACCGUACAGGGACUAGGCAUGGCAAUGUCUACUGUAGCGUCAGAGAAAAACAGGGAAAUGUUGUUUGUCGGCAACUUGUUUUACAAACAGUGAUAUCUCUGCGUGUUGUUUCAUUAGUGUUUCGAGAGCACGACCUCCUGAAAAUCGCAAAUAUUAAUCCCCAGCAAGAAGCCACACUUUCGCUAUGGAAAAAAUUAGUUCCCCGAGAGAGUGGCGGAAUUGGAGCCAAGGUCUUGGUCAACACCUAAAAGGCGCUUCGCCUAACUUGCGUACGAAGUCACACUAGCCGGGAAAUAAAAAACGCAACCAUAAGUGAGUUUAGUACCUCCCUUAAAAGCAGCAAAUCUAGGGAACAGUUUCUUUUACGGUUAACUAUUUUUUACUCUAUUUACGGCUAACGGUUAAAAUUUUUCAAUUUUUACGGCUAUCGACUAAAUUUUUGGCUGUUUUACGCCCAUCGGUUAACCCCAUUGAGACCCUCGAUGUUAUAGACACGAGUGUUUUACUGGAAAAUAUACCACUCGUAAAAUUCAUAAAAACUACAUCCGGGACCCGAGUGGUUUAUUUUCCAUAAUCUCACACGUGAGUUUAUCGAUGACGUAAUUUCGGUCAUUUCCUUCUAAUUAUUUUAUCGAUGUCUUUUUGCCUAUAUAAUAAAAAGAACAUUACACGGCGGCUUGAAGAUAUUAAUUUUAUUUUCGAGUGACAAAAACAGUAUUUUACUCACUCGCUGCGCUCGUUCGUAAAAUAUUGUUUCGCCACUCGAAAAUAAAAUUCAUAUCUUCGCGCCACCGAGUAAUAUCCUCUAUUUCUUCUUUAAUUUAAAGGAAUUGGUAUUCUUAUUACUCCCGUGUACGUGUUUGGUGCAGACUCGAUACCAGUUCAUCCAGGUGGUCUGGGUCAGUUAUUCUGCCGAAUGAUAUAUUCCCAGUACCUAGUUUUCACUUUGGGUAUUGUGUCCGUGUAUACAGUGACGUCAAUGGCUAUUGACAGAUGGCUCGCUGUAGCUCGACCGACCAAAUACAAAACAGCGCUGACGAGGCUUCGCGUCAACAUCUGUGUUAUGUUCAUUUGGGCGAUUUCCGUUCUGCUAAAUACACCCCAUCUCUUUGAAAUGAAAGCUGCAACUGAUGUUGAUGGGAACAAAAAGUGUAUGUGGAUUGUUCUCACGACGGGAACAACAAGAAAAGUCGUUGCAGUUUUAGAAUUCUUGGGCAAGUUCUUUCUCCCUCUUCUUACCGCUUCAGUUACCAUGAUAAGCCUCAACAACCGUGUCAAGUUAUCACCAGCUCUCUUCCAGUCAAACAGAGGUAGGGCUGGAUUGCGUUUACUACGCAUGUGUAUGUUAACUACGUUGGUGCUUGGAGUAUGCUGGUUUCCUAACCAGUUGUAUUAUUUGUUGUUUAAAUAUGACAUAACUCAGUUGGACACACCCAUGCAUCACUUUACUGUGGUACUUUGUAUGUUCAACUCUUGCAUCAACCCCAUAAUAUACUGCACUAGCAACAGAUCUUAUCGAAAGCAAUUCAAGCUUCUGCUAUGUCCAUGGUACAGGGACAGGGUCACGAAUCUGGAGCUUACAGGCAGUGACGUUGGCAGCGCAACAAAUGACCAGAUCAACAAACUUUUUGCACGUCCCGCGUUCGAUGUAACAAGAACGACGUAUACUUGA